AUGACGAAUGCUAACCCGUAUGGUGGCAAUCUCUUGCGUAGGGCAGCGGUAACUCCACUAUACCUUGUAAAGCAAGUCGAUUGGGACCCUAAAGAGACUGCGGAAAAGGCUUCAUAUGAUGAUGAAGACAGGUUCUGUGAGCCUGAAGCUGCGACAGAAUACGAUCCAUCAGCAAGAGACACGGAACCUUCCCUGGCUUGCGACAUACCAACUCUUGAUGCUAAAGAAGAACCCAUGAGCGAGAAGCUUGGCGAAUACGAAGCAGCUACCAUUACGGCCGAAGAAGGAGAGGAGCUAGCCGCCUUGACUCUUAAGAAAGCCAAAAGGGGCAAGCUGGUUAGAAAUGAUAGGGUUCGAUUUACUCUCCUUACACAAAGAGCCGACAAUGCAGCACAGGCCCAAGCUGCUAAGGACGAUGAAGAUGCAGCUGUAGAAGCCAUACCGGAGAAACCAGAUUGGGGUUAUACGAGGGAUUAUGUGGCACUAGCAAAGCCACCAGCAGAUGAAACGCUGAAGGAAGACAAAUCUUGGCCAGAAGAGGAAAAUGCGGCACCAGAAGCAGAGCCGAUAGAAGACGCUAAACCUGUGGAUGACGCACCAGAGGAAGAACACCAAGAGCCGAAGCCUGAUGACUAUAUUCAAAAGGAGCAAAAAAUAGCAAAACUACCUUUCAGCAGCCCGUAUAGGUUAACGGCAUAUCUACAGCAGGUCCUCGAGCAGGCGUGUUUUGCUUAUGGACGGAAAAAUUGGCCAGAACUACUACGCAAGAAUAACUGGGACUGUGUAGAAGCAGUAUCGCUUACUACGUGGGUAAAAGAAUUGGAGGAUACUUUGGAUACGCAACCGAGCAGAGGUCUUCUGCAAUCAAUAGCUGAAGUCCAAGCCAUAGCCGUCGAACGUAGGCCUAUCGACUGGCCUAUGAUGAAGAAGUUUUUUGACGAUGCUGUCGAGCUUACCGAGAUCUUGAAUGUCAAAGAGUAUGGGGAAAUCAUUAUACAGAUUCAACUUGAUAUUGGAAAAACAAUGAAGAGCCUGAGCCGGGACGAAGAGGAGGCACAGAGCCAAGAGGAGAAGAAGUUGCAAUGGAUUGCUGAGGAGCGAAGAAAGCUAGAUGAGCGGGAGGCGGAAGUUCGAAAGGGUAAGGAAAAAAGUACGAAAGAGUUCCGGAAAUCGGCUGAAUGGGAAGUCAAGAGAGUGCUAGAGGAGGCAGAGAAAACAUUAGAGACAAGGGAAUUUUUCUUAGGUUUAGUUAGGGAUUAA